AUGGACUCAUAUGAAGAAUCCAAUGUGCCCUUUUUGCUGGAUCUCAAGGACGAUUCGACGGAAAGAUCUAUUAUUCGUGAAAAGCCAGUCUGGAACUCUAAGAGGCUCUUGUGGUGGACCUUUUGCGCGAUGGUUCUUGUCGUAUCCAAUGCAUUCACCUUUUACGGUGCUCGAGUCUAUCGGCACAGUCAAUUAGACAGGGUGUGCACCGCUCACACUUCACAGAACUGGAGCCCUGUUGAGCAAGAUGUAAACAUCCAUUACAGCAGCACGCGAUUCAACGCGUCAUUCUACAAGGAAUCCAUUUAUCGACAAGCAGCGAGUCCGGAAGUUGACGCAGCCUGGGAGGAACUGGGUACUGAACUCAAAGGCGUUGUCCUGACUGUCGACGAAGCCAAAAAGUCCGGCUUAGAAUUGGAUCGUGUCAUGGUGGGGGAGGACUAUGGAGGCCCCGGUUAUGUGGCAUUUGUGGAAGUCACGCAUCAAAUACACUGCUUGAAUCUUCUACGCCGAGGCCUCUGGUUCAAUUACGAAUACUACCAGUCCCACAGCAUAGGGGAAUUCGCUGACGGCGAUCGCAUAGUCAAACUCCAUAUUGGGCACUGUCUCGACACACUUCGCCAGGCUCUCAUGUGUAGCUCUGACACAGGCCUCCUCCCCUUCGUCUGGGUGGGCAACCCACCGAAACAAUUCCCUGACUUCUUCCGUGAACACAAAUGUCGAAACUUCGAGCCUAUACUGGAAUUUGCGAAGAGAAGAGAGGUCAAGGCGCUGGAACAUAUGAAAGCGGUUCCUCAUAAGGGGGCUUUGAUUCUGGAUGACUUUCCCUGA